AUGGGAUCAUGUUAUAGCAGAAAAAAUAAAGUAUCAACUAUAUCAUCAGAUGAAGAAAACACAAUCAAAAAAAAAAAAAAAAAUAUAUAUAUUUUAAAUGGAGCAUGUGGGUCAGGAAAAGAUACACAAUGCAGAUUAAUAGAAAAAAAAUACGAUUAUAAAAUAAUUUGUAUCAGUGAGUUAUUAAAAGAAUAUCAAGAAGAAUAUAAUAAAGGAAAUGUAUCAAAUGAAGAAGAAAAUUAUUUUGAUGAAAUACAAAAGUGUAUGAAAGAUGGAUCUUUAGUAAAUGAUAAAAUUGUUAUACAUAUAUUUCUUAAAAAGUUGAAUAAAUAUAUAAAUGAUGAUAAAUAUAAUGGUAUUAUAAUAAAUGGUUUUCCUAGAAAUUAUGAACAAGCUUUAUUAAUUAAACAAAACAAUAUAAAUAUAACAAAUUUUAUAAAUAUACAAGUAGAAAAAGAUACUCUAUGGAGAAGAAUAAAUAAUAGAAUUAUCGAUCCAAUUACAAAUAUAAGUUAUAAUGAAAAUAUUAUACAACUCAUUAAAAAAAAAAGAGAAGGACACAAAUUAUCAGACGAAGAAGAACAACAACUAAUCUUAGACAAUCAAAUAUAUAAUAAUAUAAGUAAUGAUAUUUUAGAAAGAUUAAUAAAAAGAGAAGAUGAUGAAGAACAGGUUUUUAAUAAAAGGUUUCAAUUAUAUAUAGAAAGUGAAGAAAAAAUUAAUUCUCUAUUUAAAAAUAUUUAUAAAAAUGUUGAUGGAGAAAAAUUGAUAAAUGACAUAUUUGAUCAAAUAUGCGUCAUAAUAGAUAACAACCCCAAUUAA